AUGAUGUCCAAGGCCGCCUUCAUGAUGCAGGACCACGUGCGCCGCAACUACGUCAUGAUCACCGAUGUGUGCACCCCGAACACGUUCUUCGUGCGCGGCCGGCUGCCCUUCCCGCAGGGUCUCACGGCCAUCGCGGUGCUCUUCAAGAACCAACGGCCGGCCGACGUCUACGCGCACCCGUACUUCAUCGAGAAACAGAGCGACCCGUCCCAGCCGUCACCGCAGCUGCACCUGACAGAGGAGUCGCAGGGUAUCAUGAAGGUCAUGAGCGGCCUCCGCUACAUGCGAGACGACAACGCAAAGCUCGACAACACAAUGGUGGUCGUGACGGACUACACGGUCGAGGUGGAGGGGCGCAUGCCGAGCGUGCCGCGGGCAGCGUCGACGGCGCUGGGUGGACCAAAAGUCGCCCCGGCGCACGACAAGGGCGACAGCAGCGCUCAAGGGCACCACCCCGUCCCAGGUCGUGCCGCGGGAACCCCCCCGGGGCUCACGCUGGAGCAGCGCGCCAUGCUGCGGCGCACCAUCCACCAUGUGAUGCAAAUCCCUGGCGGCGGUGGCGAUGCCGGCUUGGGUCUCGGCGGCACGCGCAGCCCCUUCUCGCCUGCCUCGAGGUCACCGCAGGCGAGUGGGUGCGAGGCGGCGCGCACCGCCGGCGACAGCCACCCAUCCGCUGCCUGCAGCGGUGAUGCCGCCUCGACCGCGAUGCACAGCACGACCCCCGGAUACUCUACCUUUCCCACGCCGGAGGACUGCGCGACGGAUGCGUGGAUGUCGUACCGCUACCUAAAGGCCGCCAUCUUCGGUCGGCGCGCGCUAGAGGCGAUGAGGUGCGCGAGCUCAACGCAUCCCAUCGACGUGCCGGCACUGUUCGAGAAGCGCGUCGGCGGCUACACAGUCUUGUACAACCCUAUCGAAGUCAACGAGCGGACGUUCGUGGAGCUGCUACUGAAGCUGCAGGAGGAGGAGCGCGUCGUGGCGGCAAUCGUCGUGCCGACGCGACCGGCGUGGCGGCACUUGCAGGUGUGGGCAGACGUCUUCCCUGACGCGGAGCUGAUCACCAGCGGCGAGGUACCGCUGCUACCGGCGACGGAAACGUGGCCGUGUAGCGGGUGCGGCGGCAAGAAAGACUCUGCAGACAGCGCGGCAGGCCUGCAGCACCGCACCACGAGGCGUGGCAGCAGUGAUGCCGCCACCGCCGCCGCCCUGCGUGCUCCUCCCUCGACUGCAGCGGCGUCCGCAACGGAGUGGCGCGGUGGGUGUCAGGACAUGGGCAACGGCGUGACCGGAAUAAUGUUUCCUGAGGUGGACCUGGUGGCCGAGGCGGCGCUGGAGCGGGAGCGCGCCGACGAGGCAGCCGCAAAGGCGAGGGCCACGGCCGAGGUGGCGCAGCGCGAGCGCGGGCGUCAGCGUAGCGCCGCGCCUGGUGAGAGCGGCCGAGAGGUGGACGAGGAGAACGACGACGAGGCCGGCGACGAAGUGGUUGGGGCGAAGGGUGGUGGCACGGCGGCCGAGGGAGAGCGACGGGCGAUGUUGCGCCGGCAGCGGCAUAAACUGAAGCUGCGGGAGGAGAUGCGCGCCGAGGAUGCGCGGGCGGAGGCGGCGGCGUUGGCUAAGCGGGCCGCCACGUCCCCGAGUGCCCCCAGCGACGACAAUGGCGACCUCGUUGACGUGCUGUGGCGCGACGUUUCCUUCUUCACAGAAAAGCACGGGCAGGCUGUCGGGCUGCGCGAGAGCGAUGCAUGGCGCCUGCGCGUCCUCUCGCCGCGCGGCGCGUCGUGUCCAGGAGAGUCCCCGGUGGAUGUCCUGCAUCUCACCCCGGCGAUUGAACUGCUCCGCAUCCCCGGCGACGCUGCAGUGGAGGAGUACGUGCUACUGGACGCCAACAGCAGCACCCUGGCGUGCACGGACCUCUACCACGGCGAGUACGCCGACCUCGACCCGGUAAACUCUUGGAUGUGCCGUGUGUGGUUCAAGUUUAUGAAGCGUGGCGACUACAAGCGCACGGACCUGGUGCCGCGCUACAAGUGGCUGCAGGUGCUGCAGCAGAGGUCGCUGUCCGUGGUGCAGUCGGCCAUCGACGACCUGACGCGCCGUCGGCCAAUCAGGUGCGUGCUCAGCGCACACGGCACCCCGCCACUGAGCGGGGUCGAUGCCGUCAACACACUGCGACGUCAGUGGAGCUUGCCACCGCUGCACCCCGCGGAGAGGCCGCGGGAAGGGCGCGAGUAA